AUGGAACAGGCCGACGCUUUAACACACCUUACAAAAGUUCUCUUUCUGCUCUGCUGGUGUCUCUUGAACCUGCCGGACUACCAACACCCCUGCUACAAACAUGUCUGCUCCAACUUUGCUACUCUUGGCUCUCUUCUCAAGCUUGCUGGUUUAUCCUGUCCUUCCCAGCUCUCAGACAUGCUUUCUAUGGUAACCCCUCCCAGUCUUGUCCAGCUCAAGAGUCUCCCUGAUGAAGCUCCUCGCGGUCUCUGGGGUGUCUAUCUCCUCGUUUUCGAGAAACCUGGCUGUCUCCCUGCUAUCUACAUCGGUUCUGGCACUGCUUCUCAAGGCGGUGAAGGAUCGACAGUGGGUCUGGGCUUUACACCUGAGCAACUUGAAGCUAUCGCUGAGGAGAGGCGAGAACGAGAACGUGUCUACCAGGAGAAGUACAGGAAGGAGCACCUGGAGUACCACAAAGAGUACAGGAAGGAGCACCUGGAGUACCACAAAGAGUACCAGAAGUCAUUGCGCGCCAACCCUACUCCGGAGUUCCGUGCUCGCAAUAAUCGGAACAACAUUAAGCAGCAACCAGGGACCAAACUGCGGCAGCAACAGGCUGUUGCCAACAAGACUUACUACUGUCCUGUUUGUAAAGUUGCCUGUCGCGAUCAUGCCGGUCUUGUCCGCCAUAACAACACACCCAAACAUCACAAGAAGACACUCAUGGGUGACUCUGACUAUAUCUGUGGCCCUUGUGACAUUUCUUUCAAGUACCUGUCUGCUUACAAAACUCAUUGUCGCUCAAAAGGACACCUGGAACGAACUCAAUACUAA